AUGGGUAUCUUCCUAGACCAUCUCAGCAGCAUUGGUCUCGUCAAGCUUCUAUUUUCUAUUGCAGCUGCUCUACUAAGCUACAAAAUCAUCUAUGCGCUGUAUUUUUCGCCCCUCCGCCAUAUUCCUGGCCCUUUCCUUGCACGCAUUACAAGCAAGCGCAACCAGAUAUUGAGCAUGAUUAGCAAGGUCGGCAUUUCCGCGCAGCACGAAUACGAAACAUACGGCGACCUCUACGUGCUGGAACCCAAUGCUGUGGCGAUCUCGAACCCAUCGGAUGUUCGCACUGACCGUAUUUCAAUCCCUGUGUACCUAGGUAGGAUGGAACCUGCAAUCUUGAAACACGGGUACCUUGCGCUAAAGAAUGUGUGGGAGGAGCGGAUUGGCCACAGUCUCAACGGGAAGAUUAGCAUCAAUUACAUGAAAGAUUUCGCCUUGGCGACCUUCGAUACUAUUGGCGCACUAGCUCUUGGCCAAGAAUUCAACUGUCUCAAGCAAAACGACGACGAUGUGACAAAAUGGGCCACCGCUACCACCAUCUGGCAUGUUUCUCGUGCAGCUGUCCCGCUCACAAAGUAUUUCCCGUUCUCACUACUUCUCGGACCCCUAGAGGCGAAGUUCAAACGUCCUGCAAUUGCCAACCGCAAGGAACUGCUUCGCACCGGUGCAGAUAAGCCAGUGGACCUUCUUCAGGCCUUUAUUGAUGCUGAGGAUCCUGAAUCGAAGAUUAGCAUGGACGACCUCCAAGUCAAGGCUGAGUCCACCGUUGCUAUAGCUGCUGGCAGCGAUACCUCGUCAGUCUCACUCACAUGGGCUGUAUUCCUCCUGAUGGCCCACCCCAAGAUCUAUGCUAGGGCAAGAAACCAGGUCCGCAGCAACUUUCCAGUUGACCAUGUCAUCACCUAUGCUGAGGCCAGAAGCAAGCUGCCGUUCGUCGAAGCGUGCCUAUACGAGUCCCUGCGUCUCUGCCCUAUAAAUGCUAGCUACUUCCCCCGUGUUUCGCCUCCCAGCGGUAUCACUCUCCAAGGCCAUUUCAUUCCUCCAGGUAUGGAGAUACAUGUGAACUUCCCUGGCGUCAACCACCAUGCUGACACAUGGGCCAACCCGCUAAAGUACGACCCGACCCGACUCCUCAACAACGACGAAGCAUACCGCAGCCUGUUCACCUUUGCCCCUGGUGUCCACAUAUGUCCCGGACGGCAUUUGGCCAAGAUCGAGAUGUUGACCAUACUGUCAAAUAUGCUGAAAGAUUUCGAUAUGGCAUUGCCUGAGGACUACACUCAUCUCGGGCCAAAUGUCCUGGAUGCAAAUGGUUUUCCAAAGAUGAUGGAGUCUGCACACAUUCUAAUUCCCGAGCCUGUGAACCCAAAGCGCGACUGUCGUGUGAUUCUUACCAAACGCUCAGAAUAG